ACCGGGGGAGAAAAAAAAAGAAAAACAAACACCGUCCAACGUCCAUACUUACCUCGAGACAUAUCGUUUGCAGAACGAAAUAGCAACUAAUAUUAGCAAUAAGAUGAAUGACGUGUCUACAGACGCCGUCACCCUGGAUCUACUGAGAGAAGCCAGGGAGACGGUGAGGAGUAGCCCCCUGGGUGUCAUCAACACCCCCAUAAUCCCCUGGUGCCAGACCACGCUGCCAUUGAGCGUCAGCUGCAACGUCCACAUCAAGCUGGAAAACAUGCAGAAAACUGGGUCCUUUAAAAUCAGAGGAGUGGCCAAUCAGUUCUCCAGAAGACCGAGCGGUGGCCAUUUUGUUACCAUGUCAGCGGGGAACUACGGGAAGUCCUUCGCCUACGCCUCAAAACACUACGGCUCCAAGGGGAAGGUGGUUAUGCCAGAAACAGCCCCUGAGUCCAGGGCCACCCUUAUCCAGACUUUUGGGGUGGAAGUAGAACGAGUUCCCACCUCCUCUCUGAUGAGUGCGGUGAACCGGUGCAUUCAGGAGGACAACAUGACCUUCUUGCACUCCUACAACGACCUGGAUCUAAUAGCCGGACACGCCAGCCUGGGCCUGGAGGUGCUGGAGGCGGUGCCGGACCCGGACGUGGUGGUGGUGUGCUGCGGUGGGGGCGGCCUGCUCGCCGGGGUUGCUGCUGCCAUCAAGCUCUCGGGGUGCGACACAACCAGGGUCUAUGGUGUGGAACCAGAAGGAGCUUGUACGAUGUACCAAAGCUUUAUUGAGAAGAAGCCGGUGUGGAUGGAUACACACAGCAUCGCCUCUGGCCUUGCACCUCCUUCUGCAGGCCGGCUACCCUUUGACCUGUGUCAGCUCUACGUGGAUCAGAUCGUCCUGGUGAGCGACGAUGAGAUCAAGGCGGCCGUCUCCGCCCUCUACCGAGCCGGGUUGGUGGUCGAGCCGUCGGGUUCCGCUGCCUUCGCCGCGCUCGUCAACGACAAGAUACCCGACCUGGAGGGGAAGACCGUCGUGUGCAUCCUCAGCGGAGGGAACGUCGGGAAAGACGAGCUGGCCAACUUUCCAGACUAAAACGCUCCGAUGUGAUUUUGGAUAAAUCUGAAAGCGUUCCUUCACAUUUUUUCUUGGAACUAACACUGAAAACCAGCACCAUACAUUUAUAACAGAUGUAGUCAAUGACUAAAUUAGCUUGGUUAAAGUUAUUACAUUGUUAAUGAAAUGACUUUUUACUGAGUACCAGCACAAAUCACUAGUCAAAGACCAUUUGAAAGCCACUGAAACUGGAAAAAAUAAAGAGAUUUUUCUAGACAUUCGGGCUUCAAGCAAGUUCAAAAUACAAAGACAGUAGUUUUUAGCCUUUGUGGAGUAAUUCUGUUGCCGAAUACAAAGUCUAUAAAUGCAAGAUUCAAAAUAAAUCUACAAUUUCU